AUGGAGACACAUAGCCCCGGGAGUAACUACCACCGCAUUGACCUGCGUACGACUGAUCCAACGGAGUUGAGCGGCGCCAGCUCACCUGGGACCAGCUCACUCAAGCGCUUCGCAUGCCAAUUCGACCCAGGCUCCAAAAACGGGCGUGUGCUAGUGCUGCUGUUCGAUCGCAACGGAGAUUCCGAGUUUAAGGAAAUGAGCAGGUUGGACGUCCUGCGGAUGACUCAGCAGGCAGCUUUGCCCAGAGAGGAGGACCCUGAAGAAGUCGGUGAGGUUGCGGACGUCGCGGGGCUACCACUGCGGCGGCUGGGCAGUUUGGGUGUUAAGGGCCGGCGUGCCAGUAUGAACAUAAUGCGAGGAGAAGGCGGAGGGCCCGAUGGACCUAAUUACGCCACAGUCUGUGACGUUCAGCGCGUUCAUGCACGAGACAUUCGACGGAUGGAGAACGCCUUUUCCGUGUCGAAUGAGCCAGCGAUUAUUAUUCGAAAGCAGGCGAUUCUGAUCAGUGCCGACCCGUUGCGCGCGAUCGUGAUGCGAGACGUGUGUCUUGUGUACGUACCUGAUGGAGCUGACAGUCUUCUGUCUAUUCUCAAAGAGCAAUUUACUCAAACUGCUCGAGAGAAUGCAGAAGACCCGUACGAGUUCAGGGCACUAGAGGCGCUGCUAGCGACGCUAGCCAGAUACUUCCAGGCCGACUACGAGAAACUCUCGCCCAUCGUGAUCUCAGCGCUGGAUCGAUUGGUGCAAGGAAACCUGCACUCACGAGAGCUCGAGACACUGCGCGAGUUCAAGAACACAAUGAACGAGUUCGAGUCGCAAGUGGAUGGAGUACGUCGUGUGUUGAUGGAGCUGCUAGACAAUGAGGAAGAUCUGCGCUUGCUGUACCUCACGAAGCUGCACGAAGAGCCUUCGCUUCUCACGGAUCUCUACAGCUUCGAUUCAGAGGAAGCGGAAGUGCUGAUCGAGAAUUACUUGCAAGAUAUCUUCUCCACACGCACGAAGGCGGACUUGAUGCAGCAACGUAUUACGAAUACGGAAAGCUUAGUCAUGCUGAAGCUCGACUCGAUGCGAAACUACUUGCUCCGAGUCGACCUCAUCUUCUCUCUCGUUACCAUCAGCCUGUCAGUGGGCACGCUACUUGCUGGAGUGUUCGGUAUGAAUCUGGCAUCAGGCGUUGAGGAGGCCUGGGGCUGGUUCUGGGGAGUUGCGAUCACUUGUGUGGUAGUCUUCAUAGUGAUCACAGCUAUCGGCAUUUUGUUCUUCAGACAGAAAGGGGUUCUGCAACUAUGA